CUUGCAACAGAGAACAUAAAUCUUCAUCACUUUGCAUUCCCAAAUAUGGCACCACAACAACAAAGUUGGCUCACACGCACUACAAACGCCGCCGCCGCCGGCAUCGGGAACUUCACGGGAGGCAUUGUAAACGCAGCCGGCAACGGAAUAGCUGGAGCGGGCCGGGGAGCGGGCGCAAGCGUUACGAAUACCUCCCGCAGCUGGGGGAAUGCAGUCCGCGAAUACGGCAACCAGAUCAAGGACAUGACCGGCGCGGCGGGCCCCCGAGUCGGUACGGACAAGAAUCCGUUGGGUUUGGCGAGUACACCAGCCGGCGCCAGGGCAAAGGCGAAAUCGGCGCCUGGCGGGCCUCCGAGGAAGGGAACUGCUAACAACCCGUUGGGGCUAUAAGGACUGGACAGGGGGGAUGGCAAUGACAUGAUUUGACAAACGCAAUACCACGGUUAUAUGGAGUUAGCAUAUAAGAAUUGGAUUCAAAAUUACAUCUAGUACAGGCUGCCGGAGUAGGGUAUCAUUUCUAUACAUCAACGUCAAAGUUUCUUGUGCCAACC